UGACACUCGUCAAGACCAAGCACCUUGCAAGGUUAGACCUGUCUGGGAGUGUUUUGAGGGAUAGCACGAUCUCUCUGGGAGCGGUGUCAAGAAGUCAACGUCAUUAUCGUUGCGUUCUCAAGCCACUCGUGUGAAGGAGAAAGAGGGGAGGCACAGUGACCCACAAACGGUCACGACCUUGGCGAAUCUCGGCUGGCGAUUAAACCAUGAACGUCAAAUCCCUUUUAACCUUGCCGUCGGAGUCGGUGGACUCCACUGGCCAGGCGGGAGGCAAGACGGGUGGCCAGACGACACAUUCAUCAACCCCGGAGGCAACCAGGCCUUCUAUGGUCGUCGAUACAGGAUCUCGACCACCAAGUCCGUCCCGACGCACAGGUGGAUCGGGGACGCCUAACCAGAACAGGAUCCCCUGGGACGGGGGCGGCUAUUCAUUGCCAUUCCCAAGAGUGAACACAUCGAUUCAUACCACGGCAGCUCCCGAGCCGGGACUCUACAGUGAAUCCCGGAUGGUCGACUUACCGCCGGGCAGCCCGAAGUCGCCCAAGCAUAAAUUAUCGGAUUCCAGGAGCAGUUCGUCCUCAUCACGUCCCGAUAUCUGCAGCACCCCGCACUCUCGGAUAUCAUCAACAUCGACACUCAACGAGUUCCAUGCCACGGCAAAGCCUGCUCCCGAACAGCAGCCGGUGGACGACAGAAUGGCCACCGACCACGAAGUCAGACGCCCGAUUGCCGACGAAGUAGUCGGCCACACCCAGUUGGGCGCGACUACGACGCAGACCAGCAGCAGCAUCUACGCCACAAUCCACCCGUUCGCCCUUGGAGGACCGUCCCGCGGGCCCGGAUCUCCUUCGGAUGCGCUGUUGAUCAUGCGUGGUGGCAUCUCAAAUCCUCCUAGCCCGAUGGAGCCACCGCCCGACGCCAACCUGCUUUCUGCGCCAAGCCCUUCUUCGCCUGGCGGAACCCACAAGCGCUCAAUCUCUGCCCCUGGGGCAUCUACAGGCUUUGGGGGACAGGGCGAGGGGCCACCUCCUCCCCUCCCUCCACCACAGCAACCGGAGCCAUCAUCUAGUCCCGACCAGGGAGUAUACGGAUGGAGCACGGAGACCAAGCCCGACCUUGAGGCUGAUCUUAGGUGCAUGUUCACGGAUAAUUGUCCCAACGACCAGGGCCAGCUGCGAAAGGCAAUCUCGCACCUCUUCGGUAGGAAUAAAUCCUGCACCCGAUCCAUCCCCCCACAGGUGUGGGUCCACUUCUGCCGGAAACAUUAUCAGCGAAGUCGCUAUCGCAAUGGUUGUGGAUAUUCCAAGAUGCAGUGCGAACUUGUUGGGGUCCAACUAGACAGGGUGGAAUAUUGGAGCGACAACAACAGGCGAAACAAUCAGCCCGGUGUCGUUCGGGGUUGGGAACUGGCGAUCCGAAAGCGUGAGAAGGAGCGCAUCGAUAAGGACCCAUCCGGGAGCAAGAAACGGCCUCGCUCGGACGACUCGGAGGAGAUGGGUGAAGAACCCGGACCCACGAAUGGCUGUGUCGGUAACCCCGAGGUCGGCAACAACCCUCCCGUCGCCACGGACCCCGCAGUCGUCAGAGGGACUGCCGUGCCUGAAUGGCUGCUGGAUAAUUGCAGGAAAGGCUACACCACGAAACAGAUCAAAGAUAUCGUUAAACGCAUCGGCGAAGCGCUCAAGUCGGGUGCUCUCACCCAAGUCCCAGACAUUGAACUCCUUGCGGACAUCACCGGCCCCGAAACCAACACCCCGAAGCCUUGCGCUAAGAGGAGGGCCACCCAUGAGCGAUCGCAGUCUGUUGGAAGUAGCACGCGGGCAGAAGGGCAUUCUACGAAGCGUCGUGUCAGCCAUCCAACAAUCGUGGAAUCGCCGCGAUCCAACGUGCCCCCUCCACAGACCCGCGAUCGAUGGCCAGACGCCGUGUACCACCAGCAGCAGCCGUAUAUUCCAGUGAGACCAUCAAUUCCGGACCUUCCCUACCUUGGCAGCCAGAACCAAGGCCCCAAUAUGCAGCUACCAAUGAACGAACUUCCGUAUCGGCCUGCUCCUUACAUGCGAGGAAACGAGCCCUCGCCGGCACAAGUGCUGCAUCACCCCCCGCAUGGCACCAUGCGGGAUGGCCCCCUGCCGGCGCCAGCGCCCCGGAGGACUGGGUUCCAAAGUGUGGCCCACCUUCUUGAACCCCGCAGCGGCCAACCGGACCCCACGGUGGUGACCCGCGACUCAGCUCCCUACAGCAAUCCCCUUUCUCGCCCGUCUCACAACCGCUCUUAUUCCGAUGCCUUCCCUAGAUAUGGCAACCCGCCGGAAGCCUGGCACAGUCCCGCAGUUCCAUAUACUCCCGUGCCGGGCCUGUAUAAUCCCCCACCAGCGCAUGAAUACACGGACAGGUACGAGAAUGGAUACACAUCAGCGGAGCGGCAACCAUCCAACUAUCAGGAGGUGCCACCUCCCCAGUCGCACCACUUCCAGCCGUCGCACCCCCUCCUGCCUCGGGUCUUGCUCAGAUGCGGAAGAUCCCCCACGGCCGGGCCAGGGCACUCGCGCCACCAGAGCACUCCCGUCGUCCCCUUCGACCCCCGGCCGCCGACGCCGAUGGACGAAUCCGGCCCCGGCCCCGGCCCCGGCCCCGGCCCCAGCCACACUCGCCGCCAGUCGCACGCCUUCGGCGCUGUGGCGCGGGUCAUUGAGGAGGACCAACACCUGGGCGAGGGCCAUAUGCCGUACCACGAAGGGGGCGCUUCUUUCUUCGCACACCGUCCUCCCUGGGCCCCUCGUCGCUAAGAACUUGAGGGCGCGGAUUCGAUCAAGUCGGGGGUUAUUUGUCUUUUCUUUUCCUUUUGGCUUAGUGUCAUUGCGCCACUAACCAACCCCCAGACACACUGUGUGUGCCGAGUUUUUGUGUUGAUUAAUAUUGCCUUUCGUUUGUGUUUAACUUGUCGUGUAUUAUUCUGGUGGGAUCGUUCACUUGGGAUCGUUUCCAAACCACCUCUCUUCGCCGUUCUCUCCUUCUUUUUGCUCUUCUUUUGGCAGCUCCCCCUCCCCGAAACACUCCUCUUCCACCAGCAGCAAAACUAUGAAAAGGAGAAGGGCGGGGGGGGGUGGCGCGCGAUUUCCUUUUCUUAUCCUAUUUUCCUUUCUCUUUGCCUAUUUUUGUCUUUUUGGAGCAAUGGUCGGAUGGUCAGGGACAGUGGG